AUGGCUGACGCCGCCGUCGAGAACCCGGCCAACACAGUCCCGCCGCAUAAGAAGCAGCUCCCGUCAUCGAUACCAAACUUCGAUACGCUAGAAGGCUUUUCGACAGAGGGGAGCGACGACUAUUCCAACUUCAAGAAGCUUCAACGGCAAUUAGAGUACAUUCAUCUCCAAGAAGAGUACAUCAAAGAUGAGCAGCGGAGUCUGAAGCGAGAACUGGUGAGGGCGCAAGAGGAAAUCAAGCGGAUUCAGAGUGUACCGCUGGUGAUAGGGCAGUUCAUGGAAGCCAUCGACCAGAACACGGGCAUCGUACAGUCGUCAACUGGUUCAAACUACGUCGUCCGGAUCCUCUCGACCCUCGAUCGCGAACUCCUCAAGCCCUCGUCAUCUGUCGCCCUCCACCGCCACUCAAAUGCCCUCGUUGACAUUCUGCCCCCGGAGGCCGACUCCUCCAUUGCCAUGCUCGGCCAGGACGAGAAGCCCGACGUCACAUAUGCCGACGUUGGAGGUCUAGACAUGCAGAAGCAGGAGAUACGAGAAGCCGUCGAGCUACCCCUCACACACUUUGACCUAUACAAGCAGAUUGGUAUCGAUCCCCCACGCGGUGUGCUGCUCUACGGACCCCCAGGUACGGGAAAGACCAUGUUGGUCAAGGCCGUCGCGAACAGCACAACAGCGUCGUUUAUUCGUGUAGUGGGCUCCGAGUUUGUGCAGAAGUAUCUUGGUGAGGGCCCGCGUAUGGUUCGCGAUGUCUUCCGAAUGGCGCGCGAGAACUCGCCGUCCAUCAUCUUCAUCGAUGAGAUUGACGCGAUUGCCACGAAACGUUUCGACGCGCAGACGGGUGCCGACAGAGAAGUGCAGCGUAUCUUGCUCGAGCUGUUGAAUCAGAUGGACGGCUUCGACCAGACGUCGAAUGUCAAGGUCAUUAUGGCGACGAACCGCGCGGAUACCCUAGAUCCCGCGCUCCUUCGACCGGGUCGGUUGGACAGGAAGAUCGAGUUCCCAUCACUCCGUGAUCGUCGCGAGCGCCGCCUCAUCUUCUCAACAAUCGCGAGCAAGAUGAGCUUGUCGCCGGAGGUUGACCUGGAUAGCUUGAUUGUGCGUAACGACCCGUUGUCGGGUGCUAUUAUUGCGGCGAUCAUGCAGGAGGCGGGUUUGAGGGCUGUGCGGAAGAACAGGUACAACAUCAUCCAGGCUGAUCUGGAGGAGGCAUACACAAGCCAAGUCAAGGGUGCUGCUGAGGCGGACAAGUUUGACUUUUAUAAGUAA